CUCCAAGCUGCAGCAGUACGGGGUACCAGGCUCAUUUUGGCCAUGGGUGUCAGGGAUGGGUAGGCAUGUUCCAGGGCUCAGUGCUUCCCCUGCUAGUUGUCUCCCAUGGGCACAUAGGGCAUGAUGGCAUGCUUUGGGCAUUGAAAUCACCACGGGUGCCCAGGCAGGCCCGACAGGGGGCUGGAAGCAGCGGCAGGGGGCUGGCAUCCACGCCGGACAAAGGGCCCUUGUGCUGCCUGCACCCGCGGGGGAAUCUGCUGGGAUGGGACAUUUUUCUUUCUCCCCCCUCCCCGAUGUCCUUUCCUUGCUCAGAAAUUCAUGUGACCAGAGAAGGGGGGGAGCCCGGCGCGCUCAGAUCCUUCUGUGGUGCCUGGGGUUUAGGCAACUGCCCCUUUCCGAAGCCUCUUUCUCCCCCGGCACCCCGUGGCAGCGGCACAUCCCCUGGGAUGUUCUGGGGGCCGUGCCCCCCCUGACGCCCCUCUCUGUUGCCCAGGUGGAGGAUGGGGGCAAGGCUGCACUGUCCCGCCGGCUGCAGCCGGGUGACGAGCUGGUGAACAUCAGCGGGACGCCUCUGUACGGGUCCCGCCAGGAGGCCCUGAUCCUCAUCAAGGGCUCCUACCGCACCCUGAAGAUGAUCGUUCGCAGGAGGAGUGUGCCCGUCCUCCGCCCCCAUUCCUGGCACGUGGCCAAACUCGCCGAAAGCCGCCCCGAUGCCGCCACCAUGCACUGCCCUGCUGAUGCCUUCAGCCUCUCAUGGCCCUCAGGGUGUGAUGUCAGCACCGACCGGAGCAGCUCCAUCGGGAGCAUGGAGAGCCUGGACCACCCUGGCCAGGCCUACUAUGAAGGAGACCCCUCACCCGUUGACCAGGGCAUGUACCACAGCAAGCGGGACUCGGCCUAUAGCUCCUUCUCUGCCAGCUCCAUCGCCUCCGACUGCGCCCUCUCCCUCCGCCCUGAAGAGGCCGUGUCCACUGACUCCAGUUUUCAAGGCUCCUACAAGGCCCCUGACGGGCGCUACCUGACCACAGGGGCUGAGCCAUCUGCCAGCCGGCACCCCGAGGCCUGGCGGGCGCCUGUGCCUCCCCAGCCCCCUGUCAGGAGGGACAGCCUGCGGGCAGCCCCGGGCAGCAGAGGGGACAGGCACCGGGCGUCAGUGUCAGCAGACAUGCUGCAUGCCAAGGGCCGGUGGAUCUCCGACACCUUCCUCUGCCAGCGGGAUGGGGAGGCGGAGGCGGUGGGCGGGAGGACGCUGGCACCGUACCCCACAAAGGACCGUCUCUCUGCUGACCAGUAUUACAUGUUGAGCUCCCACCCGGACCAGUGCCCAGCUGAGCCGCUCCUGGGGGAGAGCAUGGAGUCUGAUGACCGGCUGUAUCUGGAUGGCAGCAUGCACCGAGUGCUGGAUGCCACGACAGCAGGUGACAACCCAUUGCUGUCCCCCAUCAAGGGCCACGUGCCACACCGGCACAGUGCUCCCGAGCAGCUGCUGGCCUCCCAGCUCCGCUCCCUCCAGGUGGGCUCCAGCAGCGAGCGAGCCUCGCCAGCCCCCGAUGGGCACCGCUGGACCUUGUCCCCACUGCACCCUGAGGGCAGCCGGGGGGGAACCACAGGGGCUACCCAGGACCCCCCGCUCUGCCCAGAGCCUUGCUGCCGCCCGCCGCCCUGCCACUGCUGCCCCGAGCCUCAGCGAGCCUGCGGGCAGGACGGCCGGGGGGCCAGCCCGGCGCUCAGCACUGAGGGGCCGGCGGAGGAGGAGAGCCGGGCAGGGGCCCGGCGGGCCGGGGGUCCUACCCACCGCUCUGCUCAGAUGCGCCGCCGCAGCGACCGCUUCGCCACCAGCCUGCGCAACGAGAUCCAGCGGCGCAAGGCCCAGCUGCAGAAGAGCCGGGGUCCCGGUGCCCCCCCGCCUGGCGAGGAGCCGGUGGAGGAGACGGAGGAGCCCCCUGAGAGCAGCGUGCCAGCAGAGGGACCCCCCACCCUGGCUGAGCGUCUCAGCCCUGCGCCGAGCGAGGACGGCAGGAACGCUGGCCGCUCGGGGGACCGGGGUAUCCCCACUCCUGACCCGCUGCCAGCCCCCAAAGGGCCCCCAUCCCCCGAGCGGGCGGUGCCAACAGCCAGGGGCCGCUGGCGCUGGUCCCCGGAGCGCAAGCUGCAGCCGCAGCGCUCGCCCACCCCCGGUGAGCUGGAGGGCUACAGCCAGGGCCCGGUGGCCCGCAGCUCCCCACCACAGGGCAGCGACGAGGCCGUCCUCCUGCCCUUUGCCGACCGCCGCCGGUUCUUUGAGGAGAGCAGCCGGCCGGCACCGCCCCAGCACAGCAAGCCCCCAGUGGGCGAUCCCGGUGCCUUCCAGCCCCAUGGCCCCGAGCACCGGGAUGUCCGCCGCCUCUCCGUGGACCAGCCUUACAGCCCCCCGUCCCCCAGCCGCCCUGGCUCUGCCGGCCCCUACGCUGAGUGCUGCCGGGAGCAGCCCCCCUGCUACAAGCCGCUGGGGAGGCCAGGGGAGCUGGAUUAUGCGCGGGGCUUUUCCUACCCCUAUGGGGUUUCCCUGCGCCCCGAGCCCUGCCACUACUGCGGAGGGGACCCGUGCCCACCGCCGCUGCCUCGCGGUCAUCCCUGCCGCUGCCACCCCCAGCCCUGGGUGCGCUGCCCCGACUGCUGCUGCCCGGCCCCCCGUCCUGGGCGAGAGGAGAGCGACGCGUGGCCCCCCCGGAGAGCUUUCGCCCCGGAAUUUCCUCAGGAUGAGUGGGAGCCACCUGCGAUAACCAGGAAAGUCAGCCAGUCUGUCAGUGAGCUCUCCCACUACCAAAUGGGCUUCCAAAGGCUUGGCCCCUUUCACACCUGCUUUGAGAGCGCCGAGCCGGAGUGGCCACCCUGCUACCGGGCCACAUCCACGCACGACCUCUCGUGGGAUAGUGACCGCCUGGCCCGCACGCCUGAGAGCCCCCCGGACCCGCUGCACCGCCCACUGCGGGGCAGAGCCUUCUCCGAGAGCCACCUCAACCUGGAACCUGCCAGUCCCCGGGGCCGCGAACGGAAGGACCUCUUCCGUGCUAAGCUGGACCAACCCCGCAUCCCCAAAAAGAAGGGCCCCCCGCCUCCCCGCCCACCUCCCCCCAACUGGGAGAAGUACCGGCAGCGCCGGGCAUCCCAGCACCCGCCGGAUGGUGCUGGGCACGGCUCUGCCUUUGCCGUCCCGGUGCCGCCCCGCAGCAUUGCUGAUGUGGUGCGUGAGCGGUCACAGAGCCUCACUGGGGAGCAGGGGGGCCGGUCCUGGGGGCAUGCUGCUCGCCCCCCUGCUCCACCAGGCGCCUGCUCCCGUCCCGAGCCCCCCGGAUCACUUCGCAGGACUCCUGGGCCCGAUGUUGGCAACGCCGAGAUUUACAGGGUGGCAGGGGCUGGGGAGAAGCGGCCAAAGGCAAAGAAGCCCUGGGAGAUGGAGGAGCAGCCCCAAAGGCUCAUCCGGAACCCGGAGCGGGGCUGUGCUGGUCCCUGUGGGGUGGGUGAGUGCUCCCCACCCCUGCCUGGUGGCCCCAGCCCGGCUGUGCCAGAGGCACUCAAGCCCAGUCCUGGGGCAGCGGAGGGGGUGAGCUGCCAGGGCAGCCGGCCCCAGCCCCGCCGCGUGGACUCAGAGGAACUGCUGUGGAAUAUGGCAGUCAGGGACCACUCCCUGGCCAAUGUCCAUGCCCCUUUGGCCCCCUUUGGCACCACCACUGAGGUGAUCGGUGAGCUGCUGGUGGCGGGGGAGCGACAGGCCUGGCGGGAGCGUCUCCAGCAGGACUGGCACCUGGAGGCCCUGGCACAGGACAGGCAAGGCUUUGAGCCCAUCUCACCACCCCCUGGGAGUGUUGCCAGCUCCAGCUCCUUCCCGGUGCACUACACUGCAGCAGCAGGCAAAGCUGAGCCGCUCAGCAAGGUGACAGCGCUGCCAGAGGUAGUGGAGGGGAGCUCAGAGGAUGAUGAUGAGGAGGAAGUGGACCAGGAGCUGGUAGAAAAGAAGCUGCAGCUGAUCGAGAGCCUGAGCCGCAAGCUGGCGGUGCUGCGGGAGGCACAGCGGGGGCUGCAGGAGGACAUCAGCGCCAACGGGGCGCUGGGCGACGACGUGUCUGCCCGCCUGCAAGCCCUCUGCACCCCAGGGGAGUUCGACAAGUACCGCCUCUUCGUGGGUGACCUGGACAAGGUGGUCAACCUCCUGCUCUCCCUCUCGGGGCGCCUGGCCCGGGUGGAGGCUGCCCUGGGCAGCCUGGGGCCACACGCCCCCGCCGAGGACAAGCUGGCCCUGCGGGAGAAGCGGCGGCUGCUGGUGGCGCAGCUGGAGGAUGCCAAGGAGCUGAAGGAGCACGUGGGGCGGCGGGAGGAGGCGGUGGGUGCCAUGGUGGCGCGGUACCUGCCCGCCGAGCACCUCCAGGACUACCAGCACUUCGUCAAGAUGAAGUCAGCCCUCAUUGCUGAGCAGCGGGAGCUGGAGGAGAAGAUCAAGCUGGGCCAGGAGCAGCUCCGGUGCCUGCGCGAGAGCCUUGGCCAGGCCUCCAAGGGCUGCUAACCCCGUACCCAGCCUCCCUCUGGGACCCUGGCUGUGGCCCCAGCUUGCUGCCAAAGCAGAUCCAGCCCCUCAUGGGCUCUCCCUAUGUCUGUCCAUCUGUCCAGCCCCUGCCUUUUAUUUAUUUCUUUGGUUUACCAAGCAGGGGAGGGGCUGCCAGUCCAGAUGCGGAGAGGGGGUGUUGUGCCAAAGAGCUGUCAUGGACUCUGUGGCCACCCAGCAUCCUGUGGCUCAGCUGGACCAAAUGGAUGGAUGCUGCCAUCACCCUCAGAGCUCUUUCUGUGCUGAUGGGGGUCCUUCCACCUCAUCCUGGACACCUGUCCUGCAUUCGGUGCUGCACCACAUGCCUUAAACACCCCCCAGCUGCCUUGGGGCAUAUCCAUGCAGUGCCUGAAAGGGUUAAAGCAUGCUUGUCCUCUG